CCCCGGCGCAGGAACCGGCGAGCGCGGGCACGGCCUCGGGAGCCGCGGGCCGGACUAACCGAGCCCCGCGUCGCCGCCCGGGUCCGCAACCCGUCCCCGCCCCCGCCCCCGCCCCCGGGCCAGGUGGCGGCGGGGCGGUCGAUGGCGGGGCGGCGGCAUGCGGCUCCUGUUCCUGGCGGUGCUGCGGCCGCACACCGGCAACGCGGUCACGGCCCAGCGCAUCCGGGACCAUCUCGAAGCCGCGGGCCACGUGUGCCUCCUGAAGGACGCCCUGGACUAUGACAGCCGGUUGGAGGUGGCGGAGCUCAUCCGGGCCGCGGGCGCGGAGGCGGCCCUGGCGCUGCACGCCUACCGGGCCGGCCGGCUCUUGCGAGGUCACGGGAUCCCGUUCGGAAUCGUCUUCGGCGGAACCGACCUAAACGAAGACGUGAACCAGGGGGAGAAACACCGAGUGAUGGGGAAGGUCCUCGAAGAGGCCAGGUUCGCCGUGGCGUUCACCGAGUCCAUGAGGGCAGCCGCGGGCCUGCAGUGGCCGCACGCCAAGGGCAAGAUCUACGUCCAGACUCAAGGAAUCGCGACCUCGCCCAGCACCGAGUUUCGCUGGGACACCUUCCUCCAGCGCGCAGAGAUCGCCCCGCGUGCUGGGGACGUGCGUGUGUUCCUGCUGGUGUGCGGGCUCCGGCAGGUCAAGGACCCCCUGUAUCUGGUGGACGCGUUCUCAGAGUGGCACCGACAGGACCCGGGCGUCUACCUGGUGAUCGCGGGCCCCGAGGUGGACCCAGUGUUUACAAGGGAAGUGAAGGCCAAGGUGAAGAGCUCCGCGGGGGUGCGCCUGGUCCGGGAGAUGCCGCAGGAGGACCUGCACGCGGCCCUGAGGCACUGCGUCGCUCUGGUCAACAGCUCCGUCUCCGAGGGCAUGUCCGCCGCCAUUCUGGAGGCCAUGGAGCUGGAGGUGCCCGUGCUGGCCAGGAACAUCCCUGGCAACGCCGCCGUGGUGCGGCACGGGGCCACGGGCCUGCUGUUUUCCGACCCUCAGGAGUUUGUCCAGCUGGCGAAGAGACUGGUCAGCGACCCCACGCUGGGCAGGGACCUGGGGGCCGGCGGCCGGGCAUACGUGGGGGCGCACCACGGCUGGCGGGCGGAGAGAGACACCUACCAGCACCUCAUCCGGACGCUCCAGGCGGGUGCCAGCCACCAGGCCUGCUGACCGACGUCCCCGCUUCAACGCGUCCGAGGGGCCCCAGGGCCACGCCCCCACCAUCCGGGCACCGCGAGGAGAGCGAGGGAGCAGCAGGGCCCUGGGUC